AUGUGUUUUGCAGAGGAAAGCUGCCAUUUCCGCAUCACCAUGACAACCGCACGAGUCAUUUUAAUGCUGAUUUUGUUGUACAUCACUGGAGAGUCGGUGCAAGGACGUAAAGGAACGAUGGACGACUGGAUAAGGUUGACUAAUACAUUGUUUGCUAACUACACAAAGGAGAUAUACCCUGUGUACAACUUCACAGACGUGUUGAUGGUAGACACAGCAAUGAUGUUGUUAUCCAUUGUUGACUUUGACGAAUUGGCGGGAAUCAUAACAGUGAACGCCGUGCUGGUCGUAAAAUGGACAGACUAUCGCUUGAAAUGGGAUCCUAAUGAUUACGGUGGCAUAGAAGAUAUAUUUGUUAAUGCCUCAAAUGUAUGGAAACCAUAUUUAUACGUGCAGACGACCGCACAGGACCUGGAGCCGAUUGGUUCCAACCAAUUUGACGUUAGAAUAAAUCACACAGGACAUUGUAUAGUGUUACCUGGCCGACUCUUACGAUCCUCGUGUGUUACAGAUAUGAGACGUUUUCCCGUUGAUUCACAGGUAUGUGACAUUGUUAUAAGACAAUGGGGUAUCUAUCCGGAUGAAAUACAGCUCGUACAUACUCGAAAGACAUUUGUAAUGUCGGCUUUCUCACCGAACGGAGAAUGGAAUUUAGAUAAAACAUCAGUAUCUGAGUUCAUACAUUUAGAAUCUCCAAACAAUGGCGUUGUCUUUUCAAUUCAUAUAACGAGGAAGUCCAUGUUUUUCAUCAUCUACCUAAUAAUGCCGGUUCUCAUCCUGUGUUUCCUGAACCCGUUCGUGUUUCUGUUUCCUGCCUCCUCAGGGGAGAGAAUAUCCUACACAAUCACCAUGUUCCUGUCACUGGCCGUGUAUAUGACACUUAUCGGAGACAACCUGCCCAAGGUGUCGGACAACAUGGCGGGGAUGACGUACUUCCUGCUCUUUGCUUUGAUAUACAGUGGGCUACUUAUACUGCUUACUAUAUUUACACUACGAUGUGAAGCUGUUUCUGACGUAUGCAAAUUUCCAAAAUGGCUGCAAAAACUGACUCGCUUUAUUCAUAAACUUGGGAUCAACCAACAAGAAUCAGAUUAUACUCUGAAUACCAAUGAAACAAGAGAAGAAUAUCUGGAUAAGAAAGAACGUGAGAAUAAGCUAACGGAUGACGUGUUUGGUUGUGUGCACAAGGAUGACGUCACAAAAUUGAUUGACACGUCACUAUUCAUGAUAUCGUUUGGUCUAAUGCUUGGGGGUACUCUUUGGUUUUUGGUAUACUAUUAUACUUAA